ACUUCUACUGCAGUCUGAACAGAACAGAGUUUGAACAGAGUUAAUGAAAAGAAUUGGUGUCAUCUGCAUAGAGGUGGUGAGAGUAAUCCAAGCAGGUGAUGAGGUCACCAAGACAGAAUAUAAAGAGAGGAGAAGCAGACCCAGAACAGACCCUUGGGAUACUCUUACUGACAGUUCAAUAGCUGAUGAACAGCAUUUAAAGAAAGUGUUACCGAAGUUGCGAUUGGCGAGAUAGGAGGAAUACCAGGAUAAGAGUCAAGUAUGCCAAAUAUAAAAAUGGGAACUUUAUCAUGGCCAACAGCCACGUUUAUCACCAUUCUUACCACUGUGUACUUGGAAGCAAAAACCACUCAGCCAGCAAAGCAUACCAAGAGAUCUUAUAAUAUGGAGAUUGCAAAUGGUUUAGAGACAUCCCUCACUCCACCAACACAAGAGACUCUGUUUCCUGAAAUCCCGGAGUUCACCGAUACUACUACUGAACUAGCCACCUUAAAUCCAGACUUCAGAACAGCCACCACUCUCUAUCCCUUUGACAAUUUCACACUGGAAACACCUGAUUUUUUUUUUAACUGCUGUGAGUGUUGCUCACCGAUGCCUGGACCAAAAGGCGAUGCUGGUGCAAUGGGCCUCCCAGGUCCCAAGGGAGAGACGGGAGACACGGGAAUGCCGGGGCUACAUGGAUCUACUGGGCCCGCCGGUGCAAAAGGCUACAAAGGAGACAAGGGUGAAAAGGGGGAGUACGGGGAACCAGGAUUGAGCGGAAUCCCAGGUUUUCCAGGGAAGGCAGGAGAAACAGGUGAGAUCGGAGCUAAAGGUGAAAAGGGAAAUAUUGGACUUUUUGGCUCGAAAGGCCAGAAAGGAAACAAAGGAGAUACUUGUGAGAAUGGUACAAAAGGAGACAGAGGUGAAAAGGGGGAGCAGGGUUUCAUUGGUGUUGAUGGGGAAAAAGGAGACAAAGGGGAAAAAGGAGAUUUAGGAGAUAAAGGCAUCAUUGGAGAGAUAGGAGAAAAGGGGGAAAGAGGAGACAUUGGGGAGAGAGGAUUAAAGGGAGAUAAGGGCAUUAAAGGUGAUACAGGACUGAGUGGCCUAAAUGGAUUGGUAGGAGAACGUGGAGAAAAGGGAGUACCAGGCCCAAAAGGUGAGAAAGGUGAGACUGGGCCUAUAGGUUUUAUGGGUCCAACAGGUUCAAAGGGAAAUUUUGGCAACAAGGGAAUUAGAGGAAGCCCAGGUAAAAAGGGUUCUAAAGGCCUUAAGGGAUCCAAAGGGGAUCUUCUCAAACCUCUUAAAUCUGCAUUUACUGUUGGCUUAUCUAAACCAUUUCCCCCACCUAACACACCAGUAAAAUUUGAUAGAAUAGUGUACAAUGAACAGGAAGAAUAUAACCCGGCCACUGGGAAAUUUAACUGCACCAUUGCAGGAACAUAUGUGUUUGCCUUUCAUGUAACAGUCCGUGGCCGCCCUGCUCGAAUUAGUAUUGUUGCCCAAAAUAGGAAAAUAUUUAAAAGCCGUGAAACUCUAUACGGUCAAGAAAUAGACCAAGCUUCUGCUAUGCUAAUAGUAAGAUUAAAUGCUGGGGAUCAGGUUUGGAUGGAGGUUGCAAGAGACUGGAAUGGCCUGUAUGUGAGCAAUGAAGAUGACAGCAUGUUUACAGGGUUUCUUUUAUAUCCGGAUGAUCCAGCUGAAACACAGAUUCUGGACUAAAGAAAAAUGGAUUCUAUUCAAUUAAGUAGCUGAAAUUAUGGUAUAAGCAAAGUGACAUUAAAGUAACAUAACAUAAUAUAUAGUAGGAACAUUGUUUUUAUUCUUAUUUAAUAUAAUGACUGAUUCAUAACUGUAACAAUGCUACAAUUUAAAGGCAGUUACUGAAUGAGUCGGUGUGAGUUAGAUUCAAAACUAUUGGGCAUAUAUAGCUAAUCGGCAUGAUAUUAGCCUCAUAUGUGAAAUAAAUAAACACCUUGUUUUUUAGAAGAAUAGAAGUAGAUCAAAAAUCGUAAAUAAAUUAUAGGUAUAACGUGAAGUCUGGGAAGAAAAAGAAUGAACACCUAAUUUGAAGACUAAUCGUAGAACUGAAAUUUCAUUUUAUCAGUGAUAUGGUUAGACAAUGUACUGAAAUAUGUUUAAAAUCUAUAGAUUACGGUCCUGCCAGUUGGAAAAGCUGCAGUUCAGUUGCUGAAGAGCCUAAACACUUGACUACAUAGAAUGUUUCUGCCAAUUAAAGGAAUUGUAAAUCUUCAAAACAAAUGAAUAUAAAAUUGUCCAGAGCUUUUGCAAGUUACAGUAGAACCUUGCUUUUAAUUUUUUUCCCGGGGGAUGGGGCGGGUGUUAAAAACCAAAUAAUGAAUCUGAAGCAGUGCCACCUGCUGUCCAUUUCAACUGACUGACCAGAAAAAAACUUUAGAUAACUCUUCUCAGCUCACUAAUUUUAUUUUCGAAUGAAGUUCAGCUGGAGCCAAUCUGUCAGACUCAAUAUCAGGAUGCAUGUACUGUAAGCUGCAAAGUAGAGUGCCCUAGGCAAUUUUACAUUAAUUUUGUUUUGAGGGUUUAUAUUUACUUUAACUCCUCUGUCUGUUAUUCAAUUCUGUUUUACUUAUCAAGGAUGAAAGGUCAAGAAUAAGAAAGUCACUAGUGUCUUUAAUAAGUAAUGGAAAAUAUACCCUUUUUAUAAGAGGAAAUGUUAUUAUGUUGCCAAUAUUACAGGCAGAAUGCAUCCAGUAUAUCUACACAUAGCAGAAUAUAUUUGUCUCAACUGGCAUUUAUAGAGGAUGGCUCAGUUGUGCUUAUUUUUAGUAAUAAAAACAAAGUAAAAUAAUUUCUCAUAUGAAUGAUCAAAUGUGACCUGUUAAUUAAAUGAAAAUCUUGUUAAUAAAUAUUAAUUGUCG